CAACGUGAUUCCUCUAGGCAAUGCCCUUUAUUGGCAAUGGCUAUUGACGUUCCCCAUAUUUGAAAGCGACUGCAUUCUCUCCACAAACCCCCCGCCCUCAUGAUUUUCACUUCUUCCUUUCACCACAUGGAGAAGCGCAGACCCACCACAUCCUUAACCAAAUCCAUAGCUUAUCUGCACGUGCAUCUCACUCUGUUGCCGUUACCUUUGACAAACCGCUUUGAUUUAAAAUCAAAGCAUUAAAGAUUCCAUCUCUAGCUUAUUUGGUUUUAUAUCUCUCCGGGUGGAAGAUACAGAAUCGAAUUAUCUUUUAACUUUCUUCGCCACAGACAUUACCAGGCCCCACCCGCCACGACCUCCCCAUCCCACCGUCCGCACACGCCGCACUGCUGUGAACAAGUUCGUCUAUUUAUCGGUGUUGGACUUGCAUUACUAGUUAAACACUCGGCUUAUAUCAACGCAGCGAGCUGGCUCUGUUCCAGUGCACGGCCAAGGAAGUGGAUGCAUUGUGAAGAAGCAGAGGCUGAGGAUCAAGAGCAGUAAAGAAGUCAUUCUGCAAAUUUGAUCACGGCUUAGCAUGAUAUAUUGUAAGGGCUCUUUUCCCGAGGCUGAGGACAUCAAGGGCGCUUUGCCUAUGACUGACAAAAUUCCUUUUGCCGAAUUGACAAGAUCUGCAGUUUUCCACUCAAAAGCAAUACCGGGCAUUAAAUACGAUGUAUUCAUAAAUCAUCGGGGAAAGGACGUGAAGGAUACAAUUGCCAGUCUUGUCUACCACAACCUCAGUAACAGAAAGCUCAAGGUCUUCCUCGACAAUAAAGAAAUGGAACACGGUGAAGCUAUACCCCACAAAAUCUACCAAGCUAUCAGCACGGCCUCUGUUCAUAUUGCUAUUUUUUCAGAGAAUUAUGCAGAAUCUGUUUGGUGUUUGAGUGAGCUUAGUUUAGCAGAAGAAAGUGGGGCUCCCAUUAUCCCCAUCUUUUGUGGAGUUCAACCUAACGACUUGCGGAUGAAAAGGGAAAAUGAAGUUGGAUUGUAUUCCGCAGCUUUGCACAAGCUCCAUCAAACAGUUGACAGUGAAUAUAUUGAGAAAUGGAGAGCCACACUCCACAGGGUUUCUUAUAUGUUCGGCUUUAAAUUUGAAGGGGAUUGUGGAAUGCUGUUGGAGAAUAUUGCGGCUUCUGUAAGGAAGCAUAUCAAGGCCACCCGCAAAUUUGAGGGUGAGAAGGUAGUGCCGCAUAGGCAUAAAAGAAGCCGUUUGGAACUAGAUAGCAAAAGUAAAGCGAUUACUGGGGUUGGUUGUCAGAUGGGACAGUCCUCUCAUUCACUUCAAGUCUCUUCUGAAACUGUUGUCAGUGAUCUUUUAAGUAAGGUGGAGCCAGGAAAACGGUAUAGGAUCCAAGAAAUUGGCCGGUCUUGUGGCAAUCAAAUUGAAUUUGAAUUCCAUACAAAUACAUCAUCAUCUUGUAAUGUAGGACACAACGAUGUUUUGGCAUUUCAUCUUCCAGAAUCUGGCAGAUCUAGACCUUCUGACAACUUGCCUGAUCCUCAAUUCGUUGAAUCUGGAGUUCAGAAUGUUGAUCAAUUCCAUAGUCUCAAAGGCUUGGAAGGAAACGCUAUAGGAAGUGAGGAAGGGAUCAUUACCAGAAGAUGGGUUCAGGUCACAAGAUGGAGGUUCGGGUUCGGUAAGUUUUGGAGACUCGUGUGAAGCGAAUGCUACGUGCUAUAAAUGUGUUGAGGCAGGAGUCUCGUCAUAAAGAAGACUGCCCCUGCUUUUUGAGCUUUGAGUUGGCAAGUUUCGUUUGUUCCAUUGGCAUAUAUUUACUCAUCUACAGUUAAUUUUGAAAGAAAAAUUCAGUUAGCCAAAUUAUGACGUUUGAUUUUGCUUCAUGCCUUUCCUGUGGCAUCUAUUUUGUAAAUUUCAUAUGUCAAUUAAGAAAUUGUUCAUUUUGAUGUACUGAGCAUUGUAGUUGCAUGUGUUUCAGAAAGGAAAUUUCAAAUUACAGGGUUCACAGGAAGAUUUCUCCAUUAAUCAUA